AGACAGUUGGACCAACAGACAGACAAACUUUAGACUUGGUAAAAGAUUAUGAAAUAUUUUCUUGGUUCCAAAGCACGAAUGUGAAUGAGUGUGAUUGCUGUGCUUUCAGUAUUACAAGAAGUCUGUCUGGACCAAGUGGAAGAUGAAGUUUGAGCACCUACUCUCGGAUAUCAAUGGAUUUGGACGGUUCCAGAUUAUGAUCAUUAUUAUCAGCUUCGUUGCUCGAUUCACCCUGCCUUGUCACUUUAUGCUGGGUAACUUUAUAGCGGCCGUGCCCUCUCACCGCUGUGACCUCAGCACUCUGGAUGAUGAGGGUGUCUUUGAGAAUCUGACCCAGGAGCAGAGACUGACUGUCACUAUUCCAGUACAGGAAGAUGGGACUCCAAGCUCCUGCAAGAUGUUCCCAGAACCCCAGUUCCACCUCCUGUCCAACUCCAAUGACAGUGACCUAGCUACAGUCCCCUGUCAGAAUGGAUGGGUAUAUGACAACAGCACCUUCAAAUCCACUCUGGCUACAGAGUGGGACUUGGUGUGUGACCAGAAAGGGCUAAAUAAGGCGACGGCCACCAUCUUCUUCAUGGGAGUGAUGUUCGGAGCAAUGACCUUUGGUAGUCUGAGUGACAGGUUUGGUAGGAAGACCAUGCUCCUGGUGUCCUAUAUCUCUGGCAUGCUGUUUGGUGUUGCCAGUGCUUUCUCUACCUCCUUCAUAAUGUUUGCUGUGCUCAGGUUCUUCACUGGGUUCGGCAUCACUGGCAUCGUCAUCAUCUCAUCAGUACUCAGUGUGGAGUGGGUGGACAUUGAGCACAGAAAAUUAGUGGGAGUGAUUGACAGCCUGUCCUGGACGUUUGGUAACUCCAUGAUUCCAGCCAUAGCCUAUUGUGUGAACGACUGGAGACAGCUGACCAUAGUGGUCACCUCACCUCUCGUCCUGGCCAUACUCACAUGGAGGUGGAUUCCUGAGUCAGCCAGGUGGCUCAUAGCCAAUGGGAAGUUUGAGAAAGCAAACUUUUAUUUGCAACAAUGUGCCCAGAUUAACCAGAAGCAGGAGUUUGCAUCCAAAAUUACACCAGAGACGCUGUCCAGUAUCAUUGUGACAGAGAGAAAAGACAGAACCUACUCCUACCUGGACUUGGUCAGAACCCCAAAGAUGAGGAGACUGGCUCUACUCACAGGCAUAGUGUGGUAUGGUGUGGCUUCAACAUAUUAUGGCAUUAGCUUCAACAUCACUGGAUUUGGGCUCAACAUAUAUCUAACCCAGUUUGUGUAUGGUGCCAUAGAACUCCCAGUCACACUAUCAGUGUACUACCUUCUGGAUAAGGUGGGCAGGAGAAACACAGAAGUAGGAUCUCUGCUAGGAGCUGGAAUCUGUCUCGCUAUUAAUAUUUUCCUACCCAGAGACAUGUUUGUUUUAAGGACGGUGGUGGCGAUGCUGGGGAAGGGUUGCUCGGCAGCAUCCUUCACAACUGUCGUGUUAUACAGUUCUGAGCUGUUCCCUACUGUGGUCAGGCAGAAUGGCAUGGGCUACAACUCGUCCAUGGGUCGCCUGGGGGUUUCUCUGGCCCCUCUCAUUCUGCUGCUUGACGAGGUGUGGAGGGACCUUCCGCAGGUCCUCCUCUGCUCCAUAGCCCUGCUGGCUUGCCUGGUGGCCAGGAUGCUGCCUGAGACACGUGACCGCUGUCUACCAGAGACCAUUCAGGACAUUGAGGACGGGCAGACAGGGAAAAGUUUGGCUGGAUCCCAAGUUGUGGAAACAACAGAAAUCCCUCUAAAAUCAAAGGCCAACGAUGAGGGGGAAAAUUGACACUAAGAUAUUCUUUCUGUAAAUAUUUUUUAUAUGCCCAAAUGUGCACCAACAACAAUUUCCAAACACCUUUUCAAGUAAUCUUAUUGUGUUUGUUCCACAUCAAAAACAACAUUCAAACCUAGCACUGAUUUAAUAAAACAAGACACAAGAGAA